UCUCCGAUUGUCGUUGUGAUUUUCCUUUUUGUUUUGUUUAUAAUUCACCAACUGUCGUCUGUUGGUUGAUAGUGUUCUUACUGGUGUUCUGCCACUAUGUGUUAGUAUAAUGGUGUGAUAAGGGGUUUUCAAACCAAACCAAUAGAAGACAUUUUAGCAAGAUUUCUGUUAGGUCGGUAUUGAUUUUGAACGAUUGAAAUUAAUAAUAAAUUUUGAAGUCAAAAAUGGCGAAGAAAUCAGAAGUUCUAAAAGAGAACACUCACAAAGAAAAGGCUCAUACCAGUCCAGUAUGGUCGUACUUCAAAGUUUGUGAGGAUAACCCUGUGUGGGCAGACUGCUUGUUGUGUGGGGUGCGUAUGUCACGAGGCGGCACUGCCCCAAACCGUUGUGGCACUACCAACUUGCGACGUCACGUACUGUGUUCUCACAACAUUACCCUACCUUCAGCUAAGCCAGGUGUCAAAUUUGAUGGUCCUCAAAGAAAUCUAAGGAAAAAGCAGUUAAAAUUAAUGCCUUCAGUUUUGAACAAAAGUGCCCCAACAACACACAAGAAAGCAAAGCCUAAAGUAAAAAAGUGUCCUGCACCAUUACAAAAAGUAAAACCAACAAAGGAGCCUGAGGAUAACCUAGUACCUGAAGUUGAACCUGUUAUGUGCAUUAGGUGGAACACUUACCUGAACAAUAUGACAUCAACCCUACCAGACCUGCUGCAUGACGAACAGUUUGUUGAUGUCACUUUAGCGUGCGAAGGCCAAUCUCUCAAGUGUCACAAGAUUUUGCUAGCUGCGUGUUCACCGUACUUCUACGAGCUGCUGAGCGGAGCUGCGUGUAAACACCCCAUCAUUAUGUUCAAGGACUACCACUUCUGGGAGCUUCAGGCUCUCGUAGCCUUCAUGUACAGUGGUGAGGUCAACGUACCUCAGUCCCAGCUGCCGAGAAUACUCAGAGUUGCAGAAGCUCUUCAGAUCAAAGGAUUAGCUAAUCCUUCGCCGAAUGCAGAACCACCUCCUGAUGCUCAUCAGCCUUCCAACGAUCAUCAGAUGUUUAAUGAAACAAGCAAUAAGGAAUCAUCUUUUAGGGAACAAAUAAUGAACAAAAGAAAAAGAAAGCCCUCUCUGCACAAUUGUUGUAAGAACCCUCCAAAAAACACCAUUAAGCCCAAACAUAAACUAGUCACUGUCAAGCCUAGAAGUAAAUUGAAAUCUGUCAAGAGAAAAGUGAUGCCACCAACAAAAAAGUUAAAACUGACUCCAAAUAAGAAAUUUAAUCCAAAAAAAGUUGUUGCAAAGGGUGAAAUACCACCAGAAGACAUACAUAAUGGAGUAAUGACAUCGGACCAAAGUCUUAACGAUGAGACAACACCUACACCUUCAAGUCCCUUGUUACCCAGUGAAAUGCCAGACAUGCUCAAUGACAUAUUGGGAAUAAAAGAAGAGACGUCAGAUACUACUGAGAGAAUCAGUCUCCCAGAGCCCCAUGCAGUUGGAAGUGUUGAAGGCAUGUUUCCUCUUGAAGACCUGGAAGGAAUGAAGAUGGAAAUAGGAGGAAGUGAACCAGGAAUUGGACGUUUCCUCACCAAUGGACUUCAUGAAGGAGAGCAAUUUGAUUUGUUACCAGAUUUACACCCAGGUAGUUUCACAUUUCAACCACAUAAAACAGAAACCAUAAAAAUCCUGUAUCAUUUUCAAAUUCAGACCCACACAAAAUCAGUUUUCUUUCAUUAUAAUAAAUUUUGUGUAAGUUAAAAAUACAACUUUUAUCUGCAAAUACUGACUGUUAUCAUCAAAUGGAAAAACAGUCAAAUAUUUUUUCUCAUUGGGUGAAUUAAGUAAAGCAUUUGAUACUGUAAGAACAAAGUAUAGAAUUCUUUUAAUAAAUAUAAAUAUUGCUUUAAACAAUAAGUUGUUUCGUUAUAAUUAAAUUACCAAACAAAAGGUUGAAGUAUGUACUGUAUCUGUGUUUCAAUGUAACUGUAAACUCCUCCAAGACUGGCUUCUGGUGUUCAAAAGUAAAAAAUAUAGCUGUGUGUGAAUAUUUUUACUACUUUACUAUAAGGGUAUUUUUAUUAUCUGCAUACAAAACUUAGUAUAUAUUUCACAAAUUGUGCAGGUGUAGUAGGAACUGAACCUGGACUCACUAUCUCAGCAUGAUCUUGAAUUUACAAUGUUCUCUUUGGCAAUAGAUUCAAAUUAUUCUGGCAGGUUAUGUGCCAAUACGCGUUCUGUGACCUUUUGAGUUGUAAUUGUUUAUCUUUGCCUUUUUUCUGCUACUACUAGCACCAUGUUACAUUUUAAAGCCUGCUCUGUUUACAAUAUGACUGCAAGCUGCAAAUUCAUUAAUAUUUUGUUUUGUGAUCGUUUCACCAAAUAAAUUUACAAUUUAAGUGUUUGCCUUUUAUAACAAUAUUAUUUCAAAU